GCAGCACAGCCUCAUUUCUCCACACACCAGCUCUGAGUGGAUGCUCAGCAGGGGUGUUUGAGAUAUUAGCACACUGUGUGAGGGUGGGCGGGGGAAGUAAUAAAAAAAUAAAAUAAAAUAAAAAAACGGCUCGGGGACGACUUCAUCCACCUUCACCAAAGCCGGCAGUCAGGAGGAAUAUGGGCAAAUCCGAAAGCCAAAUGGAUAUCAUGGAGAAAACAAGUAAACCUGGAAAGCGUCGUUGGACUGUUGCGGAAAUCGGACUGUCCGUCCUGCUGCUGAUGGUCAGCUGUGCCUUGACUGGACUGGUUGUCCUCUACACAUCAGCGGUGAAAGAGCACUCAAACAGGCCGAGCAUGUCCAGGAGCUCAGCAGGCGAAGGACAGCUGCUUCACUCCAACCUCAACAAUGUGUGCACGACUGAAGACUGUGUCACUGCAGCUGCUCGGCUCUUGCAGAACAUGGAUAAAUCCGUGAAGCCGUGCGAUAAUUUCUACCAGUACGCCUGCGGGGGCUGGCUGGAGCGACACGUCAUCCCGGAGACGAGCUCCCGUCACAGUGUCUUCGACAUUCUGAGGGACAAGUUGGAGAUUGUCCUCAAAGGUGUUCUGGAGACAACGAGUGAAACGGACAGAGACGCCAUCAGGAAGGCUAAAAUCCUUUACGGCUCGUGCAUGAAUGAAAGUCUGAUAGAGCAGCGUGACUCACAGCCCCUCCUGAAGCUCAUUGAGACCAUUGGCAACUGGCCUGUAGCAUCAGAGGACUGGAACACCACAGCAGAGGAAGCGUGGAGCCUCGAGGACACACUGGCAAUGCUUACGGCCCGUUUCCACAAGAAGGUUAUACUGGACAUGUAUGUGUGGACAGAUGACCGGGACUCCAGGCGCCACAUCAUUUAUAUUGAUCAGCCGGGACUUGGAAUGCCAUCUAGAGAUUAUUACUUUAACGACGGAAACUACAAAAAGGUUCGAGAGGCCUACCUACAUUUCAUGGUUUCUAUUGCUAAAUUAACCAGAGAGGACAGAAACUUAACUCAGGAUGAUGACAGAGUGUGGGAGGAAAUGAUGCAAGUGCUGGACCUGGAGACGGACAUCGCCAAUGCUACAUCUCCAGCAGAAGAGCGCCAAGAUGUUACUGUUCUCUACAACAAGAUGACGCUUGGUGAACUGCAGAGCACUUUCAGCUUCAAUGGUUUUAACUGGACACGGUUCAUAAAAGGCGUGCUGUCGAGUGUUUCCAUYGACAUACAGCUGGAGGAGGAGGUGGUGGUGUACAGCAUUCCCUACCUGGAAAAGAUGAACGACGUUCUUUCCAGACACAGUGUUCGAACCAUUCAGAACUACCUCACAUGGCAGCUCAUCAGUGACAGAGUUAAUAGCUUGAGUCGCCGCUUUAAAGACGCCAGGGCUCGUUACAGAAAGACUCUUUAUGGAACCACUGUGGAGGAUGCCUGGUGGCGAGAAUGUGUCCGCUACGUCCAGAGCAGUAUGGAGAACGCAGUUGGAGCGCUGUACGUGCGUGAGACGUUUGCUGGAGAAAGUAAACGAAUGGUUAGUGACCUGAUCAGUAAGAUCCAGAAAGCUUAUGUGGAAACACUGGAGGAGCUGAGUUGGAUGGAUGCACCCUCAAAGGAAAAAGCAAGGGAAAAGGCGAUGGCAAUCAAGGAGCACAUUGGCUAUCCAGAUCAUAUUCUGCAGGAAAGCAACCAAAAGUUAGAUCAGGAAUAUGCACAUCUUAAUUUCAGUAAGGAGCACUAUUUCGARAACAUCCUUGAAAACCUUAAGUCUGAAGCACAUAAAAGUCUGAAGAAGCUCAGUGAGCCCGUGGAUCCUGAUUUGUGGAUAAUCGGUGCUGCUGUGGUAAAUGCGUUCUACUCACCAAACAGAAACCAGAUAGUGUUUCCUGCAGGAAUCCUGCAGCCGCCCUUCUUCAGUAAACAUCAACACCAGGCCCUUAACUUUGGAGGAAUAGGAAUGGUUAUUGGACAUGAGAUCACACAUGGAUUCGAUGACAAUGGGCGUAAUUUUGACAAGGAUGGUAAUAUGCUAAACUGGUGGAGUAAUUACUCAGCUGAGCACUUUAAAGACCAGUCACAGUGCAUGGUGCAACAAUACGGCAACUUUAACUGGAAACUGGCAGGCGGACAGAACGUCAGCGGGAUCAGUACUUUGGGAGAAAACAUAGCAGACAAUGGAGGGGUCCGUCAAGCAUAUAAAGCUUACCUGAACGGGUUGGAAAUGGAGGGAGAAGAACCUCGUCUGCCUGGGCUGGAUAUGGAUCACAAACAACUUUUUUUUCUUAACUUUGCCCAAGUGUGGUGUGGUGCUUAUCGGCCUGAGUAUGCCAGCCAGUCCAUUAAGACCGACUCUCACAGUCCUUUAGAAUACAGGGUGCUCGGAUCACUCCAGAAUUUCGAAGCGUUCUCCGAGGCCUUUCAGUGCCCAAAAGGAAGCCCGAUGAACCCCGAGCAGAAGUGCCGCGUCUGGUAGAGCUUCUACUGUAUUUUAAUCAACACGGGCGACUCACAUCUAAAGGAAAAUGUCAACUUUUGUGACAUCUUUCUGUCAAACUAGUCCAGUUUAUUUGGUGCGGAGUGAUGACACAAACUUUCACAUGAAAUGCGCAUGAAACCUGGAGGAUAUCCUUAAAUGUCCUCUUAAACUUUACGUGUUGUCUCCAAAUGAGGUGGUCAUGAGUUCUUUUUCUGGUGCCACGACAAAUAAGUGGGCAAACGAAUGAAAAGACUGUGUAGAAGAAAAAAAUAUCUUGUGGGAAUGUUAAACUUGGCUUUAAGUGUGUUUCCAGCCUUUGAUUCACUAACUAAAAAAAAAACUUUUUCAUGUUUUUCUGAUUUAUCUGGUAACAUUUGGCACGGAGCAGCUUUGCUGGGUUUGAUAUAUUUUUAAGACACUGAACCAGUUCAGAAGGAAAACUAGAGCCACAAAUCGAACUCUUAGGAAUAAUAAAUGAAAGUGGUUCUGCUGAAGUAAGGCUACACUGAAUUAGUCACACUCUGAGAGUUUGAUUACUGUUAUGUAAAAUUAAAUUACCUGAAGACUUUAAGACUGUUAAAUCGGUCGCAGCUUUAAGCUUAAAUUGACAUUCAUGAGGAGCUGUGGCUUUCCAUAUUUACACACUAACAGACAUAUAACAUAUUCAACAUUUACAAAGUCAGGUAGAGCUUUUUGUUCCCCCUUUUUUUGGAGGCAAAUAGAAACCGCACUCUUACUGCAGAAAGCUGUGUUCACAAUAAUUCACUUGUUUAAUGGGGUGACAGUCUGCAACUCUAACCAACAACUCCUUGAAGCAAAAUGAGUUUUUGCUGAUAACUGGAUAAUUUCUCCUAGUUUUAACCCAUGUUUGAAGCCUGCUGUUUCACUCAUGUUAUAUUCAAAAUGACUUACAUUCUUAUAAGAUGUCUGCAUAGGUUUAAACUCCCAAACACCCUUUUUUUCCCUUUACCCAUAUGAUCUCGUAUGGGAGUAUACAAGACUCCAGCAGCUAGACUUUUAGUGUCUGCCAAUUACAUGCAAAAAAAGGUAAAGAAAGCGCCUUCGAUCCACUCAGAAAGGCAGCAGAUGAAGUGUUUUGCCUUCUGAUCUUGCCUUGAUCAGUGUUCUGUGAGAUGAAAGGACGGGCGAGGCGAGCUGAAGUGAGCUGACCGCCGCAGUCAAUCCAYGAACCCUCGGGCAGAUAAAAAAACACCAACGAUUGUUGCCGUUAACGAGGUGGGCCGGGGCCAGGACUGUUAUUUUCCAACCUUUAUUAACCGGUAACGACGGGAGAAUCAAAGCAGCGCACACAUCAGAGGAGACAGCGGCAGACAAACACAAACACAAACAACAGACAGCUGAUUUGAAUAUUUACGGUGGCUUGUUAAAUUCUAGGAUGCCUUGGUAUACUGAACACGACUGUUAGGUCUCAACAGAGGCUGCUUCACUGAAUGUGCACACUGACGCUUUWUAGUUCGUCUUUCAGUCUUCACCUGUUGGCAAAUACUGUUGUGACACACGUGAUGGGAUGGACGGUUUUCACCGUAGUUUAGGAGCUGAUAUUGUGCUGCAAUCAUAACCUAAAUGGUUGACAUUYGGGAAAUAUCUGAAACUUUUAAAAGACGUGCAUGAAACUGUUAACUGGAUGGAUGCUUGUGCUUUAAAUUMAGUAACAACCAGAUGUUUUCAAUGCCAAGAAAUGAACUGGGUACGAUAACUACCAAAGGAUGAACAUUUAUUGGUGGUAGAAGGUGAUUUUUUUGUGUGUGUGUGUGUGUGUGUAUCUAAACUUUGCACAAAACGUACGGAGAUUUGUGUUUGGUAGAUUAUUUCUUUGUUGUAACAAAUCUUAUAGCAGCAUCUGAUGGGCAGCAGAAGCUCAAAACAAGAAUCAAUAGAAACAGCAAAAUAAACUGUUGUGGUGAAUUUUUCAUGAACCCACAUACUCAGCUCUACUGCUCAUCCCACAAAUGCAUGUUCCUUACAAAUGUGGCUCCAUUUAAAAGGAAAGUUAACAGGCUGUCCAACAAUAUAAGAUUUAUUGAUUGUUACGACAAAGAAAUGAUCUACCAAACAUGACUUUCCUUGUGUGCUAAGUAUAUUUCUUUUCUGAAAAAAAUAAAAUAAAAUUGUAGUUUAGUUUCGAGUUCUCGCCUCACAUUCAGGAUUUUGGUGCACAGAUGUGGAAGCCUGCUGCAGGGUUCAUUUACUGCCAGCUAAUGUUCAUUCGCUCCAUCGGUUCAAACAAAUGCAUUUGUUAAGUAAAUUUGAAUCAAACUUUUGUCAAAUCAAACAUGUUUAUUCGACGGCUGGUAGUAGUUCACAUCACUCAUGUUGGUAAACCAAAAGAACAAAAUGUGUUUUAAAUGUUUCGCAAACUAGGAAAGAAGACAAACUGUUUUCUGGACUGAAUAAAUUUUAGGACAAAAAUAGUGAGAAGACAUCAGAUUUUAUUUUACACUGCAAAAACUGUCCAUCUAACCAAGUCUUACAGUUGUAUAUACAAUCAAAAAGUAUAUUUAAUCUGGUUUUGAGAUUGAUACACUAAGCAACAGUAGAAUGUGUUAGAUUAUUAAUCUUGUUAAUCUGGAAAUGUUUCCUUAUUUCAGGAAGACUUACCAAGUGCAAUAUUCUUACUGCACUGGCAAUUUAUUUCUCUUAAUUURAGAAGAUUCCUACUAAAAUCUAGUGUCUAACUUAAUUUUAGAUGGCUAACUUUUGCAGUGUACCAUAUAUAAAAUAUUAUUUUCUUUACAACAGUAAAAAAAAAAAAACAUUUCAAGCUAAUGCUAUGUCAAGUAAAAGCAUCCUUUAAAUAAAUGAAUUGAUUCCCUGGAAGCAGAGAUUAAUAUCUCUCCAAGAUGUCAAACUGUUUAUUCAUAUKAAAAUGCAAACUUAUGACUGGAGCAAAAUCCAGCUGGAGGCUAAAAUCUGACUCAACAUUUUUCUGGAGGGACUGUUGUUAAAGUUAGACUCCUGUACAGUUUUCCUGUAAACCAGUGUAAACCAGUGCAACAGCUGUUUACUGAACACAAAGUUUAGACAAAAUAAAGUGUUAUUGUUGACUGUGCAGAAAAUCUGGUACAAAAAAAUAACAUGUAGGACAGUCUUUUACCUUAGAUUUUAAUUCACAUUUACUUAAAUUGUGAAACUGUAUUGUUUUGGAAGUUACUUACAAAGUACAAAUGCUUUUUUUGGCUAUUUAUUCUAUGAACAUGUUUCAUCUGUAUACACAUCAGAGGAGUUUAUUUAUUUAAAGAAAUAUUUAUCAAGUAAAACUGUUGCUUUGCRAGAAUUCAGAUGUUUCUAUGAAUGUUGCUGCUGCUAUGUAAUUAGACGGCUAUUUUUGUGACUCAGAUCUGUAAUUAUUGCUCUUAAAGUGACUGUCUCAAAUGGUGUGAUCUCAAGACCCUGCUUUAAAUGUGUUAUCUUUAUUUUAUACAAUCAAAAUAAACUUCACAUAUGAACAAAAUGAUGCCAAA